CACCAAUUGGAUUCACGUGGAGAUCCCUCUUUAGAACCGCACAUGCGACAAAUUAUAAUACUUGAGGUUGUGUUUUUCCACUUAGGACCCAAUCGGAAAGAAAGUUGCUAUAAUUUUUUAUUUUAGAGUUGGGGUGUCUCACUAAAGGCCUAGAUUUGUAAAUGACGUUCUCUUAGGGCCCGUCCUUAUUGAAGUUAUCUGAAGACCAGAUCCAGUUUUGUCCCAAUAAGGUCCAGGUGUACACUCUAGUGUGGGUAAUAGAAAUCUAUUUACAAGUAUGCCGAUUUUCUGACAAAGGCUUAAAAUUAAGGAGACGAUUCUUUUGAAACCAAAUCAACCAUCCAUUGACUGGAAUACGGAGUGUAAACGUGGAGUAUUAUUGGUGCUUGUACCAAUUUUUCGUGACUGAAAAUAUCGUUUUACCAUGAGAAAGCUCGAAUGUGUGGCACUCACAAUGGAAUAAAAACUAUAACUAAAGGAUGAAUUAAACCUGAUUCAAAACGGCGGUUAUAUAUUCGGGCUGGACCUAGUGAAAACCAUUGAAAGUAUACAAAUACUAGCAAUUAUCAAGGUUACGGCUUUUAUAUCUUAUAAAACCCACGAUGAUUUGUUCAUCAAAUAGAGAGAGAGAGAGAAAAAAAUGCUUUAUUGUCAAAAAAUUGUUACAAUUUGUAGACAAAAGCUUGUAAAAGCUAAAAAACAAACAUAAAAAUAACUUUCCAGUAAAUAUGCCCUCAAAUUAUUACGGAAUGCGGGAAAAGAUGAUAUCGAUUUGAUUUCAAUUGGCAAGUGAUAGUACUUUUUUUUGCAUUGUAAAAUAUUGAGCCAUGAAUUAAUUCUGAACGUGGAGUAGCUAGGUAAAGUUCCUGCACCGCGUUCCUAAGUGAAUAGCUGUGAAAUAUUAGGAAAAGGGAAAAAAAAUUAUUAGUAACCGUUAUCGUCCAAUAUGGAACAAAUUAAAAAAGCAUAUCACAAAGGGAUAGCUGCGUUGCAAAACAAGGAGCUCGGAAGAGCGUUUGAAUUGAAUGUAAAAUGUGUUUGCGUACUACACCUGCGACAUUGAUCGAUGUGUUUGUGCAACUUCUCUAAAUUAAGCUUAAUGUUUUGUUUUUAAGGUGAAUUCGAUUUCGGUAAUGGUGAAAAUGACAUGUCGGACUUUUUACAUUUAGAAGAGUUCCUUAAGAUCGCCCAAGAGGAAGAUUUAUUCACAAUUAUUCGAUCCGGACCAUUCAUUUGUGCUGAAUUCGAAUUUGGCGGACAUCCCAGUUGGUUAUUACGGGAUAAUGAUAUAGAAUUCAGAACCAGCAAUCCUACUUAUGUAAAACAUGUUACCAACUUUUUCAAUGUCCUUUUACCGAUUCUAGCAGCGUUCCAAUUUACCAACGGGGGAUCCAUUAUAAUGUUUCAAGUAGAAAAUGAGUAUUCAAUUUCUGGAAAGCACGAUUUAGAAUAUUUGAAGAUACUAAGGACCUUGAUGCUUAAUAAUGGUAUAGUGGAACUUUUGGUUACGGCAGACAAUCCGAACAAAGGUACUUACGGUACGUUACCAGAGCUAUUUCUGAUGACUGGCAAUUUCGACCAACAAGUUAAAACAAAUUUGGAUCGGCUUAAAGCGAUACAACCAGGUCGACCUACCAUGACCAUGGAAUUUUGGGGAGGAUGGUUUGACUACUGGGGAGAUGAACAUAAUAAAAAUAAAACUUUAGCUGAAUUUCAAUAUAACUACGAAGAAAUUCUGAAAUAUCCUUCUUCAGUUAAUAUUUAUAUGUUCCACGGUGGUACUAACUUUGGAUUUUUGAAUGGUGCAGAAAAUUUAAAUUUUGAUGAAUGGGAAACAGAUUACAACUCGAUAACGUCAAGCUACGAAUAUGUCGCACCACUUGAUGAAGCUGGUGAUUACACCGAUAAAUAUUGGGCAACGAAAGAAUUAUUAGAAAAAUAUAAUCCUAUCAAGACUGCUCUACCUAGUGUACCUGAAGCGCCCCAAAAAACUGCUUACGCUAGCAUAACCAUGGAACAAGAGCUAUUUUUAUAUGAUAUGUUACAAACUAUACAACCAGUUUACGCCAAAAACGUAAUUGCAAUGGAAAAAAUAGAGGUGAAUAAUGGAAAUGGACAAAGUUACGGGUACGUUGUAUAUAGGAAAACAAAUCUCAAUAUUCCAGAAAACGCUUACCUGAAAAUUGAAGGUAGAAUAUGCGAUACAGCCAUGGUGCUUAUAAAUGGCAUCUUAGUAUCUCCAUGGUUGCAAAAAGCUGCUGAUUUAAAUGGAUUCGGUACAUCUCGAAUUGUAGAUUCUACACUACUUUUAACAAAAGAAGCUAUUCAAGGAGCAACAUUGGAUAUAGUGGUGGAAAAUUGGGGCAGAGUCAAUGUAGGGGUUUAUAAGCAAUUCAAAGGCAUAUGGCAAGGCAAUGGUGUCAAACUGAACGAUGAAUACAUCUACGAUUGGACUAUUUAUCCCUUGGAAUUCAAAUCAGCCUGGACUACCAGUUUAACCGGUUGGAGUAACUUCUUGUCCAACUCUAUCGGUCCAGCUAUGUAUAAAGGAAAUCUGUAUAUCAGUGAAAAUCCUGUAGAUACUUUUGUCUAUAUGGAGAAAUGGAUUAAAGGAAUCGUCAUAGUAAACGGAUUUGUUAUUGGUAGAUAUGCUAGAAUGGGACCCAUACAAACACUAUAUUUGCCAGCUCCGUUAUUGCGACAAGGGAAUAAUGAGAUAGUAGUAUUUGAACAUUUUCGACCGUCCGCCACUGUUGAUUUCCAGAACCAUCAUGUAUACAAUAAUUACUAAAUAAAAUGUAUUUAUCAUUA